ACAAACCAUUAUUUUCACUCUUCAGUGAUGAAUAUCCCUCAGUCAGACAUCAAUGAUAUCUGCUCAAUACUUUUAAAAGCGCCUUCAAAAGAUCUUUUGGAUCCAUUUUUCAAAGUGAGCCGACUCCUUACACAUCCUUUGAAAGUGAUGACGUCAUUCUUUACAAAAGAGAGCCCACUGUACCAGUAUGAAUCAGAUACAACAGACGAGAACGCCAUGUACGAGAAAGUUAAUGAUCUGGAUAAAUAUAUUGAAGGAAACUCAUUCGAGUACAAGUGGAGUCCACAUCCUGAACUGGAGUCAGCUGAGUCUCUUGAGAAUGUUCAGGACACUCCAGAAGAGUCAUAUAGUGCUGAUGACAAGAGAGAUAUCUGUAAGUACCUACAUGAAGAAUGCAAGAAUCACAUGCAAGCUGGAUUGUGUUCAGAUAAAAAUGCCCAGGCACAAGGCAUGAAGAAAUUUUGCAAGACGACAUGCGGAUUUUGUGUUUGACGUUUCUCCA